CUUCCCAUCCCGCAGGUACCUGUGCUCCGGCCUAUGGACCUGAUGGUGGAGGCCACCCCCCGGAGGGUUUUUGCCAACGCGCAUACCUACCACAUCAACUCCAUCUCCGUCAACAGCGACUACGAGACCUACAUGUCAGCAGAUGACCUGAGGAUAAAUCUCUGGAACUUUGAAAUCACAAAUCAAAGUUUUAACAUCGUGGACAUCAAGCCAGCCAACAUGGAAGAGCUGACGGAGGUGAUCACGGCCGCCGAGUUCCACCCGCACCACUGCAACACCUUUGUCUACAGCAGCAGCAAAGGCACCAUCCGGCUGUGCGACAUGCGCACCUCCGCCCUCUGCGACCGCCACGCCAAGUUUUUUGAAGAGCCCGAAGACCCAAGUAACCGGUCAUUUUUUUCUGAGAUCAUCUCCUCAAUCUCCGAUGUCAAAUUCAGCCACAGUGGGAGGUAUAUCAUGACCCGGGACUAUCUCACUGUUAAGGUGUGGGACCUGAACAUGGAGAACCGGCCCAUCGAGACCUACCAGGUUCACGACUACCUGCGGAGCAAGCUCUGCUCGCUCUACGAGAACGACUGCAUCUUCGACAAGUUCGAGUGCGUCUGGAACGGGUCCGACAG